AUGUCGAGUCGACUGACAUCACCUUCGCCAGUGUUGCACUUGUUGCUCCGUGCAACUCCGCGCAGCCUUCAGAAUCUUGCAGCUGCCGUACUGUCUGGUGUCUGGUGUCUGGCCAAUAUCGAUAAGAGCUUUCGUAAACGACUGUGA